GGUGCAGUCGCUAUUUCCUAGGGUACCGAGGAGCUCCCCGCGCCAACAACAACACGGUGCGUCAGAAGUCACCAACCACCAGCACCAACAUCUCUGCCUUGCGCGCCAUGGGUCCAAACAAGGGGAGGUCGCGCGCGCACCACUCGCAACCACAGGCGCCGCCGCAGCCUUCGGACUACGAGACCGAUGCCCCCCCGAACAUGGACUACCCACCGCCGCCGCCCGGGCGCUCCAACGAGGAGCUCAACCUCUCUGUCAUUCGCCGUCACUAUGCCCAUGUCAACGCGGUGCAUUAUGUCGCCCCAUAUGCCGUCCUGUAUGCCUUCAGUCUGGAGACGGAACAGUGGGAGAAGGUUGGCGUUGAAGGUAGUCUCUUCAUCUGCGGACUGGUGCCCUCGGCCGUCGGGGCCGAGCGUUACGGUGUCGUUAUCCUAAACCGCCGCAGUAUGGACAACUUCUACAUGGAGAUCACAGGCCCCGAUGGGUUGGAGUUCACGGACGAGUACAUCAUCAUGCAAGGCGACCAAGUAUACGGCCUAUGGAUCUUCUGCGAGCCGCCUCCGAGCAGUACCGCCAAUACCCGCACUGAGACUGUAGCCAAAAUCCAGGAACUAGCUGCACGUGUCCAAGCCAGCCAGGCCGCCGUGGACCAGACCAGCGAUGCCUCCAGUAUAACUUCCGACCAGGUACAGUCUUCUGUCCCCAUGGGACGGCAACUGUCACUUCGGGAGCUUUUUGGACAACAACGUACACAAGACGCAGCCUGGAGCGUCGUAAACCACCACAACACACAAGCACUACACCAAGGCUACCAACCCACACCGAGCCCUCACUCGGGCCAGCCUGACAUGCUCAAUCAGCUCUUCAUGCGAGCGCAUCAAGACUAUAACAACUUCGGCUAAUUAAUCCCAUGCAGCUAGGUUGCUAUACUUCAAGCUACGCUUCGAGUUCGGACGAAGUGAUAACGCCCGAGGAGGGAAGCCUGGUGAAAGCAGUCCUAAACCGGUUGAAUCCUCCGCCCCGGGGACCUCUUAGUGGCGAAAAGUUGGAUCGGGAGUUGAUGUUUGCAUACUUGACGCUGCAACGUAAAGGGACACCUGACGCGGGCCACUAGCCAUCCACGUAACGCCGCUGUCUCCUCGGAUACCCUGGAUGAGAUGCAGUCACAUCCCGCAGGUUGGAGAAGUCUAUUUUUCAUACGGUCUAGGUAUGAUGCUUUCGCCUUCUCUCGAAAUUUUGGCUUUGGCUCGUGGUCUCGAUAACAGCGACUGACCAUACUCAGCACUACAGACUCGCUGCCUUAUUGAAAGCAUGUGUUGUUAACGAGCGCGGCCCAUGCGCCUCGGACACUUAACGAGGGUUGCGAAGACGUGCAAUAUCCAUGUCUUGUCGUUGG